AAAUUGGAAAUCAGAUGACUGACAUUAGCAUAAAUUCAAUUUUCACACAUUCGAUUUCCCUUUUCCAAAUUAUUCUUCACAUGAAACGGCAUGACAGUGAAAUACACACAAACACAUUCAACCAGAAUUCUUCUAUUUUAGCGUCGAAUUUUCCUGUGGGCGGCUCAGGAAGCUACACCUUGUCCAAUACCCGAAAUUUCUGAGAUUUCGUGUCUGAUUUUUCUAAGCAAAAUUAAACCCACAGUUUCCAAAUUUCUUCCUCUCAAAUUAAAUUGUAAAUUAAUAUAAAUAUUUUGUUCGGUUUUCUGGCAAUUUAGCGGUAAUGCGGAGAUUCGUAGCAGAGAGAACAAAACAUCUCAUCAGGAAAAACUUUUUAAGUUCUUCUAAUAAUCACAGUUUUCUUUCAUCUCAGUCUUCUUUCUUUUCUUCUUCUUCAAGUUCUUCAACAAUUGUUGAUCCUUCUUCAAUGGAGUCUUCAUCUGGAGUUACUCUUCAAACCAUUAAUCCUAAGGUCUUGAAAUGUGGAUAUGCUGUUCGUGGAGCGAUUGUUACCCAGGCGGAGAAAUUGAAUGAACAAUUGAAGAAGGAACCUGGGACUCUCCCUUUUGAUGAGAUACUUUUCUGUAAUAUAGGAAAUCCUCAAUCUCUUGGGCAGCAGCCGAUCACAUUUUUCCGAGAGGUCCUAGCAUUGUGUGAUCAUCCAACCAUUUUGGAUAAAAGUGAAACACAAGGACUCUUCAGUGCUGACUCAAUAGAGAGAGCUUGGCAGAUCCUGGAUCAAAUCCCUGGAAGAGCAACUGGUGCAUACAGUCACAGUCAGGGUAUUAAGGGAUUGCGUGAAACGAUUGCUGCUGGAAUUGAAGCACGUGAUGGUUUCCCAGCCAAUCCAAAUGACAUUUUCUUGACUGAUGGAGCAAGCCCUGGGGUACAUAUGAUGAUGCAAUUGUUACUGAGGUCAGAGCAAGAUGGAAUUCUUUGUCCCAUUCCACAAUAUCCUUUGUACUCUGCUUCAAUAGCUCUCCAUGGUGGAACUUUGGUUCCAUACUAUCUUGAUGAAGCAACUGGAUGGGGUUUGGAGAUUUCGAACCUUAAGAGUCAAUUAGAAACUGCCAGGUCAAAAGGUGUAACAGUUCGAGCCUUGGUUGUGAUAAACCCUGGCAACCCAACUGGACAGGUUCUUGCUGAGGAAAACCAGAAGCAAAUUGUUGAAUUUUGCAAGAAAGAAGGUCUUGUGCUUCUGGCAGAUGAGGUUUACCAGGAAAAUGUGUAUGCUCCUGACAAAGAAUUUUACUCAUUCAAGAAGAUUGCGCGUUCUAUGGGACAUGAGGAGAAGGAUAUUUCCUUGGUUUCUUUUCAGUCAGUUUCCAAAGGUUAUUAUGGAGAAUGUGGGAAAAGAGGAGGUUACAUGGAAGUUACAGGUUUCAGUGCAGAUGUAAGGGAACAAAUCUACAAAGUUGCUUCAGUCAAUCUGUGCUCAAAUAUUACCGGUCAGAUCCUCGCCAGUCUUGUCAUGAGCCCACCUAAGGUUGGAGAUGAAUCUUAUGUAGCCUAUGCUGCCGAGAAAGAGGGAAUCCUUUCAUCCUUGGCCAGGCGUGCGAAGACACUUGAGGAUGCAUUCAACAGCUUAGAAGGCGUGACGUGCAACAAAGCGGAGGGAGCCAUGUACCUAUUCCCUCGCCUUCAGCUUCCCGAGAAAGCGAUAAAGGCAGCUGAAGCAGAGCACAUUGCCGCUGAUGCAUACUAUGCUCGUCGCCUGCUGGAAGAGACUGGCAUUGUUGUUGUUCCAGGAUCUGGAUUUGGACAGGUCCCAGGCACUUGGCAUAUCAGGUGCACAAUUCUUCCUCAGGAGGAUAAAAUUCCAGCCAUUGUUGAGCGUUUAACUGCAUUCCACAAGAAGUUCAUGGAUGAGUACCGUGAUUGAGAACAUCUAACAAACACGUUCUGUUAGUCAUUCCUGACUCAAAAGUUUGGUGAACUCACAUGGAUGUAGUUUUAUGUACCAUUGUUUUGGGAACUAUAGUCAGUUUGAUUUUACUCUCACACAAAAAUUCUGCAUUUGUGCAGUCAAAGCUUUUUUUAGGUUUCCUUAGCAACAUUUAGCAUCAUGGUUAGCUAUCAGGAUAAAAAAGAGCAUCAUGCUCGAAUAAACUUUGUUGGGGAAGGCAAAAUAUGAGCAUUAUCAGCAAAAGUUUCCUUGAUUAAUUCGUGUUA